AUGCAGAAGCAGCAUUUAAAAAAUAAGAUAACCUCUGAAUCGUUGGAUAAAAUUAUUGUUGAAAAAGGAAAUUAUGAAAAAUUAUUUGGUUCUAAAAAAUCUUCAUUUUCACUUUGCGACGUUGAUAAAAUAAAGCUGAAAAAUUUACAAGAUUCUUUGAAAAGAGCACAAGAAAAUCCGACUGAACCUUUUACAUUUUUAAAUAAAAUUCCGGUUGAAGAUACGAUCGAGGGAAAUUCUUUUGUAAAAGCGAAGAAUGAAUCGACGGAAAUAGACAUUCAAUUAACAAAUUUGAUGAAACGUAUAGAAUUAAAUAGAAUUCUUCUUGAAAGAACGAAUCAAAGGGUUAAAGACAUUGAUAAUCUUGUAAAACGAAGUGAAUUAAUUCUACCGAAAAAUCAAAUUUAUGAUGAGAAUAUUUUCAAGAAAAUGAAAUCAGCCGAAACAACAGAAUCUUCGAAAAUUGCAUCUCAAGUCGAAUAUCCGGAAAUUGAGGAAUUUCAUCGAACAAUGAACACAAUGAAAGAUGUGUUAAAUUAUAUGAAAAAGAUUUCUAAAGGAGAAGUUGUUUUGGACGAUUUACCGAAAGAACUUUUGACUCGUGUAAAAUCGUCUAAUUUAAAAGAAGUUAAUCAAAAAUAACAAAAAA